CUGAAGACCUCGAGUUCGGCCUUGAGCUGUGAAUUUCUCACACUGAAAUUAGAAGAAAAAAAUAAAAUAAUAACCCCUCAAUCUUUCGUCAAAAUGACAAACGAUGGGAGUAAGAAGAAAGGGAAAGCACCGGGUGAAAAAAAGGCUUCUAAAAGGAAAGGGAAGAGGAGAGAAACAUAUGCUGUGUAUAUCUAUAAAGUGUUGAAGCAGGUGCACCCAGACACGGGCAUCUCGAGCAGAGCUAUGAGCAUCAUGAACUCAUUUGUGAACGACGUGUUCGAGCGCAUCGCCACUGAGGCAUCCAGACUGACGCAGUACAACAAGCGCUCGACCAUCACGAGCCGUGAGGUGCAGACCGCUGUGCGUCUGCUGCUUCCAGGGGAACUCGCCAAGCACGCCGUGUCCGAGGGCACCAAAGCCGUCACCAAGUACACUAGCUCCAAGUGA